GCGAGCCAGCAGAGGAAGACCUUCCGUUACUGAAGAAUACUUUUCGGCCUCCCGCGCUAAAACACGUGCAUUCUUCCAUCAAUUAAACCGGCCGCCGCGCACGCACGCGCGCCGCUAAUUAACCACCGGGCGCGUCGGGAGGCGCGCGGGCGCGAGGCAGCGGGUUCCUGUGAGCUCUCGCGCGCGGAGGACCCCUUUCCUGCCGAGUGGAGGCGUCGCGCGGACACCGAGGACGCGAUCCGAUAAAGAUGGAUCGAUGGAGUCCGGCGCGCGGGACGCGGCUGCCGCUGCUGCUGCUCUUCUUCUUCUCGGCGUUUCACAGCUCGAGAGCAGCCAACCUUCUCGACGUCCUGAGCGUCCUGGAGCUGUCGGAGGACAUGGAGGGCGUGUCGCUGGAGUCGGGACUGUGCACCAGCCGGCAGGGGCGAAAUGUGACGGACCUCUCCUUCAGGAUCGACAAGAAGAUUCAGCUGAGCGCGCCCACCAGUCAGCUCUUCCCCGAUUCUCCAUUUCCCGUGGACUUCUCCGUGAUGACGACGGUCCGAGCCGUAAAAGGCUCCCAGGUCUUCCUCCUCUCGCUGUACGACUCGCAGGGCACACAGCAGCUGGGCGUGGAGGUCGGCCGCUCUCCUGUCUUCCUGUACGAGGACCACGAGAGUCAGCCACCUCCGGAACUGUACCCCACCUUCAGGAAGAUCAACCUGGCUGAUGGCAAGUGGCACAGAGUGGCCUACAGUGUGGAGGGCCAGUCGGUGACUCUCUACCUGGACUGUGUCAAACUGGAGACCCUGGACCUGCUGAGAGGUCACGACCCCCACGUCAGCACUGAGGGGGCCACCGUGUUCGGAACGCGACUGCUGGACGCCGACGUGUUCGAGGGAGACAUCCAGCAGCUGCUGAUCGUCGAUGACCCCCGAGCCGCAGAGACGUACUGUCGGGACUUCAUCCCGGACUGCGACGCCCCUUUGCCCUACGACAAGAUACUGGCGGAGCCCGAGGAGGUGAAGAAAGCACCUAAGAAGGUGUACGAGGAGUUUGACUACAGCGACCUCUACGUUUCCACGGCAACGGCAGGUCCCAACGUCGCCGAGUACGAGAUCAUAGAGUACGAAGACUACGACAACGCAACGGACCCGUACCACGAGAGCGAGUACGAGUACGAGGAGGAGUACGACGAGCGCUACGGGCCGGCCGAGAGGCAGCGAGAGGACGCCGUCAACGCGCUGGACAUUCCGGAAAAAGGAGAGAAAGGAGAGCCGGGCCUUUUGGGAUCGGGAACGCUGAUCACAGGACCAUACGGGCCUCCAGGACCUGAGGGGGAACCGGGGCCUUCAGGAAUCACGGGACCAGUGGGACCUCGAGGAGACCCGGGGGAGCUGGGUCCGCAGGGGCGUCCCGGCCUCAACGGAGCCGACGGGAUACCAGGUCCCCCGGGGAACAUCAUGCUCAUACCGUUCCAGUCCAGUGGUGAUUCAAAGUUAGGGACUUUGGUUUCUGCGCAAGAGGCGCAGGCUCAGGCCAUCCUGCAACAGACCAAGCUGGCUAUGAAGGGACCUCCGGGCCCGCUCGGCCUCAGGGGAAGACCCGGACCGCUGGGUGCAACGGGUCCCUCUGGGCUGAAGGGGAGCAGCGGAGAAUCGGGGCCAGCGGGUCCUCCAGGACAGACAGGUUUACCAGGUCAGAGCGGAAGAAUUGGGAAAAGGGGUCGAGCGGGCGCAGACGGCGGCCGUGGCAUGAUAGGAGAGACUGGAGUAAAGGGGGACAGAGGCUUUGAUGGCUUACCAGGUCUCCCUGGAAACAAAGGACACAACGGGGAAAGGGGAAAGCCGGGUCCCGUAGGUCCUUCUGGAGAGCCGGGUGAAAGGGGCUCUGAGGGUCCAAAUGGACCAAGAGGACAACCAGGGGAUGCUGGUUCCAGAGGCCUGAACGGCCCCAGAGGUCGUGCAGGUCCCCAAGGCCAGUCUGGCAUUCGAGGAAUCGACGGGGGUCAAGGUUCAAAGGGAAACAUGGGAGGCCCGGGGGAGGUCGGAGCACCCGGACAGCAAGGCAACCCCGGCAUUGUGGGUUUCCCCGGUCCUCAGGGGUUAGUGGGGCUCCCCGGAGAGAAGGGGCCUCAAGGGAAGAAAGGGGUGCAGGGUUUACCCGGGAACGACGGGCCCUCAGGUCACCCCGGGAGAGAAGGGACUCCCGGUGAAAAAGGCCUGCCGGGUCCCCUGGGCGUGCAGGGCCCCGUCGGAUACCCCGGACAGCGAGGAGUUAAGGGAGCGGACGGAAUAAGAGGAUUAAAGGGAAGCAAAGGUGAAAAGGGGGAGGAUGGGUUCCCAGGGUCAAAAGGGGAGAUGGGAGCAAAGGGUGACGACGGAGACAACGGGCCUACGGGCGGCCGAGGGGAAGACGGGCCUGAGGGGCCCAAAGGACAGAUGGGUUCUCAAGGAGACGGUGGCGCCUCUGGCACUUCUGGGGAGAAGGGGAAACUGGGAGUUCCUGGGCUGCCGGGAUAUCCAGGGCGACUGGGGCCAAAAGGCUCUGACGGAUUUCCCGGUUCAGUGGGAGCUGCAGGAGAGAAAGGGAAGAAAGGUCCUGCAGGACAACCAGGAGGCGGAGGCCAGCGGGGUCCGAAUGGUGCACGAGGUGGCAGAGGGGCAAAAGGGCCGACGGGGAAAUCGGGAGAAAAGGGCACCUCCGGAAAUGACGGACCUCCAGGACCUUCUGGUGAAAGGGGGCCUCAAGGGCCGCAAGGAAGGAAUGGAGAGGGUGGACCUAAAGGAUCAGGCGGUCCAGCUGGGAAAGACGGUCUUCCAGGUCACCCAGGUCAAAGAGGAGAGCCGGGAUUCCAGGGAAAGACAGGGCCUCCGGGACCCUCAGGUGUUGUGGGGCCACAGGGCAAAUCCGGUGAAUCCGGUCCUACGGGGGACCGAGGUCACCCAGGGGCCCCGGGGGUACCUGGGGAGCACGGUUUACCGGGCACCGCCGGGAAGGAGGGUGGAAAGGGGGAUCCGGGUUUACCUGGGACAUUUGGGAAAAGUGGCCCUCAAGGACUAAAAGGGUUCAGGGGGAGCCGAGGAUCUCCUGGGACGAUGGGACCUUCUGGUCUGAAAGGAGGGUCGGGACCUACUGGAUCAUCAGGAGCCAUCGGGUCUACUGGUGAGAGGGGCCCUCCCGGAACCGCCGGCGCCAUCGGUCAGCCUGGCCGGGGCGGAGCCAUCGGAGGACCCGGACCAAUGGGCGAGAAGGGCGAGCCGGGUGAGAAGGGCCCGGUGGGACCCGCGGGUCAGGACGGAGACCAGGGUCCCGUGGGGAUGCUCGGGGCCACGGGCCCCGCUGGGCCUCCCGGAGACGACGGGGAUAAGGGGGAGCAAGGGGAAUCCGGCCAGAAAGGCAGCAAAGGAGACAAAGGGGAAACCGGCCCACAAGGAUCCACCGGCACUCAAGGUGUGAUCGGUCAGCCAGGACUGCCGGGGGUGGAUGGACUGCGGGGCCCCCGGGGCCAGCAGGGAAUGUUCGGUCCGAAAGGAGACGAGGGACUCCGCGGCUUCAAGGGCUCCAAAGGACCGACAGGAUUACAGGGCAUGCCCGGCCUACCAGGAGAGAAGGGGGAGAGCGGACAUGGGGGGCUAAUGGGUCCACCUGGUCAACAAGGCCCCUCCGGGCCUCAAGGACCCAUUGGGGGACAGGGUCCGACAGGCCGACUCGGGAUGAUCGGACAGCCAGGUGUUGUUGGAGAGAAGGGGGAGGAUGGCGAGGCGGGCGACCCCGGAGCAGUGGGAGUUCCAGGAAGACUGGGAGGAAAGGGGGACCAGGGGGAGAAGGGAGACACGGGGCUUUCGGGAGCAGCCGGACCUCCAGGAGCCAGGGGCCUGACGGGGGAGGACGGAGCCAAGGGAAACUCUGGUCCUCCAGGCCUCACCGGGGACCUCGGUCAGCAGGGGGAGGCCGGACCCAACGGUGUGGACGGUCUGAGCGGGUCGAAAGGAGACACGGGGGACCCUGGGAAAUCUGGACCACCUGGAGCAGUUGGAGAACCUGGACCAUCUGGACCUCCUGGGCGAAGGGGCCACUUGGGGAAAUCAGGCAAAGACGGGAAGGCGGGUGUGAAAGGGGCGAAGGGCGCUGCCGGUUUCGAGGGUCCCGUGGGGAAGACGGGGCCCGUGGGGGCCCAGGGACACCCCGGCAAGCCGGGCCCUCAAGGUUUAAGAGGGAUCCCCGGCCCUGGAGGCGAGCAGGGUUUGAAUGGGCCGCCUGGCCAGACAGGACCCCCAGGUCCCAUGGGUCCGUCGGGAUUACCAGGACUCAAGGGAGACCACGGCAGAAAGGGAGACAAGGGUCACGGUGGUCUCAUAGGUCUGAUAGGGCCACCGGGGGACAUCGGAGAGAAGGGGGACAGAGGACUGCCAGGAAACCAGGGACUGUUGGGUCCAAAAGGAGACGAGGGUGCGGUCGGUCCAUCAGGUCCCCCCGGCCCUCCUGGCCCCAACGGUCUAUCUGGAGCUGUUGGUACAAAGGGCUCCAAAGGAAACCUGGGUCCAACCGGUCCUCGUGGGGACACCGGGCCCGCCGGACCUCCAGGACCACCGGGAAAGCCGGCUGUCGGCAUGUCCCCUCUGCCGGGGCGGAGGAGGAGAACCCACACCUCGGUGGACGGGGCCGCACUCGACGAGGCGGAGGAGGCGAUCGAUGCGGGCGAGGAGGGUUGGAUGCAGGGGGACCAGGCGGGCCAGGACGCCGGUGCGACGGAGGAGAAGGAGGGCAUGGAGGAGGUGUUUGCGUCUCUGUCCUCCAUGAAGGUGGAGGUGGACGGCCUGCGCAACCCACAGGGGACGUACCACAGCCCCGCCCGCACCUGCAAGGAGCUGUGGCUCCUCCACCCAGAGCUCCCCAAUGGUGAGUACUGGAUAGAUCCCAACCAGGGUUGCCAUAGAGACUCCUUCAAGGUGUUUUGUAACUUCACUGCACAGGGAGAGACAUGUCUGCAUCCUGACAAGAAGUUCCAGUCGGUGAAGUUAGCAGCUUGGAAAGGGGAAAAGCCCGACACCUGGUACAGUAAAUUCAGGAAAGGAAAACAGAUUUCCUACUCGGGCUCGGACGACGUUCCGCUCCACGUGGUCCAGCUGACCUUCCUGCAGCUGCUGAGCGCCACGGCCAAGCAGACCUUCACCUACCACUGCCUGAACUCCGCCGCCUGGCUGCACGUCGCCAGCUACGGCCACGAGCACGCCCUGCGCUUCAGAGGCGCCAACGGGGAGGAGCUGACGCACGAGAACGCGCAUUACAUCAGCGCGCUGUACGACGGGUGUCAGACGCGCUCGGGCCAAGAGAGGACGGUGUUGGAAUUUGAUGCCCCGCUCUCCAACACGCUCCCCAUCGUCGACGUGGCCGUGUCCGAUUUCGGGAAGGGGAACCAGAAAUUUGGUUUUCAAGUCGGCCCGGUCUGCUUCAACGGUUAACCGGAGGUCAUCAAACGGAGCCGUGGACACUUAGUAUUUUUUUUUUACAUGCAGGGAGAAAAUAUUUGCCACAUAUGCCACAUAUUUAUAAGUUGAUUUACCUACAACAGUGUUCCUGUUCAUUUAUUCACCUCGGCCAUCUCACAUGUCACAUGAUACACUCAAAUGUAUCGUCACUCGUAUCGCUCCUUGAGUUCCAUCCGUUGAUACCUUCAUUGAUCUAUGCACUCGAUCCCAUAGAUACACAAACAUUACGAUCAGUGAGUCUUCACAAACUUUUCUUGAUGUCAUAAAAACCUCAAUUUGCUGUGUUUUUUGUGUUUUUUUGUUGUAGUCAUGUUGUUAUAAUGAUCUGUUAUGUGAUGUAUAUUGGAGUGUAAUUCAUCACGGUGCUAUUAUGUGUUUCCUCGCGGGAACAUAUUCUUUUGUAAAAGGGGACUGGGGCAGUGCAUUUUUUAUAUAUAUAUAUAUACAUACAUAUACAUAUAUAUAUUGUGAAGCAUUGUUUUGUAUUUUUCAACAUAACAAACCAAAGUGUGGUAUGUGAUUGCCUCAAGGUCUUUCUGUGUACAGUUGUGUGGGGAAGUGACUGAGAAACCUAUUUUAAUAAAAGUACAUUAUGUACAAGUUAGUAUGAG